AUGGCCAACUCCACGAGCCUUUGCAGGUCGACGCACAUCACCUGUGACCAGGCCGGGCACGUCAUAGAGCUCGACCUGGCCUACACAAGUCUGAACGGCACACUUGACAAGUUAGACUUCUCAGCCUUUCCCCACUUGAGGAGUCUCACCCUGAUCCGGAAUGGUCUAUUCGGUACGAUUCCAGCAGGGAUUGGCAACCUGACGAGCUUGGUCACGCUGAGGAUCAUGCAGAACCCGUACUUAAGGGGGCGCAUUCCACACAGCAUUGGACAACUGAAACAACUUUCUGAUCUGCAACUGGAAGCUUUGGGGCUCGAUAGCACACUACCUCAAGAGAUUGGCAACUUGACAAGCUUGAUAACGCUCACUAUCAAUUUGGCUACUUUGGCAGGAUCGAUACCACCAACAAUUGGGAUGCUCAUGAAGCUCCGCAAGUUGAGCCUAGGCAAUAAUUUGACAGGGAGCAUCCCAAUGGAGAUUGGAAACAUGACAGGACUGCAGACCCUAAACCUUAAGGAUAACUAUUUGGGAGGGCAGCUGCCAGGUACCAUCUCUCAUUUGGUCAAACUCCAGUCUUUGCUUCUGUCAGAAAAUCAGCUGGUAGGUCACAUCUUCCCCGGGCUUGGAAAUAGCAGCCUCCUUGAGGUAAUCUACAUUGCAAACAACAACUUCUCUGGGGCGUUCCCAUCAUCCAUUUGCGUAAAAGGAGCACUGUGGACUGUUUUUGCUGAAUAUAAUGGAUUUACCGGUAUUCACCCCCAGGCCUUUCAAAACUGCACAACCCUGCAAUAUGUUGACUUCACGGCAAACAACAUUGUUGCAGAGCUAAGGGACUGUUUUAGUGAGCAUCCAGGACACCUGUACCACAUGGCUUUCAGCCAUAACCAGCUGCAUGGCACACUUCUGACUGAUCGGGGUGAGGAUUUCCUUUGUAACCGUACUAAUUUAGGCUUCCUAGACCUAUCAAACAAUGUCUUACAUGGAGGUUUUUCCAAGUGUUUCUGGGACUUGCCAAAUUUGCUAUUCCUGGAUCUGUCCAGCAACUCUUUCAGUGGUGUAGUUCCGUUCUCGAGGACAUGUCAAGAACGUCUUAAAUUUCUACUCCUAGCCAAUAACAAUUUUACAGGAACCUUUCCUCUGGGUCUUAAGAGAUGCAAAAAGCUUGCUGUUCUAGAUCUUGGAGACAAUGAUUUUUCUGGUACAAUACCUUCUUGGGUAAGCAUGAGUUUGCCUCGACUCAACUUUCUUCGACUGUCAUCAAACAUGUUUGACGGCAUCAUACCCCACGAGAUCUUACAAUUUCGCCAGCUCCAAGUAUUAGACUUGUCCAAAAACAAGCUCACAGGACCCAUUCCAGACGAUUUUACGAAUUUUACUGGCAUGGCACAAGAACGGAACAACAAUGACUUCACAUACAAAAACAAAUAUUCUUAUCAAGUGGAAAUUCAUAUGGUUUGGAAGAAUGUGGAUCAUGUUUACAGUUUAGCGAUAACAGCCGUGGUGGGUAUCGACUUAUCUGGCAACUCUCUUACACUAGAAAUCCCAAAUGGGCUCACAACCCUUCUUGGACUCAGGUACCUGAACUUAUCAGGAAAUCAUCUGUCAGGCUAUAUUCCUGGAGACAUUGGCAAUCUGGUACUGCUGGAAUCCUUGGACCUUUCUCGGAACCAACUCAGGGGGGAAAUUCCUCGAGGCUUUGCAGAUUUGAAGAGCAUAAGCAAUCUGAACCUCUCAACCAACAUGUUAUCAGGGAGGAUACCUAUGGGUGAUCAGCUGCGGACACUUGAUGACCCGUCAAUAUACAGCAAUAAUCUUGGGUUAUGCGGAUUUCCGUUGGAAGACUGCGUAAGCUCGUCAACACCGACGCAACCUGAAACGAGUCUGGAUGAAGAUAGAGAGGCGCUGUGGUUUUACUGCUUUGUGGCUGCUGGGUUUAUCUCUGGGUUCUGGCUAUACUUGGGCUUCUUGUUUCGCAGGGAGACAUGGAGAUAUUCAUUCUAUCAGUAUGUGGACAACAUGCAAGCGAAGGUGACCAAGAAUAUACGAAGCUGCAUUUCGUGCUUCCAGGUUAAAGGGCCUGAAUGA